GCGCCCCCAUAAUGUUUCGUCCUUCCUGCACCCGAUCUAGUCCUGCCUGUGAAGCUCGAAGGAGGUCGUGUGGCGUGGUCGAUAGACGGCCGCAACCGAUGUGACUCAGUACCGAGCUGCCAGGACUCUGUGCAGGUGCCGGUGUCAGUGAUGUGUGAUCUCCUCGACACCUUCUGCUGCUUUCACCUGACGAUGUGAUUCACCUAAACAACCACAGAUCAUUUGGAUUAAAUCGACGCAUACACAAAAUGAAGCUCGGCAUGUUUACCACCGAUCGCGAAACGUUACGCCGUGAUGGCUUAGUCCUCUUCAGCAAACUAAUCCGUACGAAAAAUGUUGAUAAUCUUCAGGAACAAACACGACCUCCGCGAGAAGACGACAGGAAGAUAAAACUAACGAAAUGCUUGACUACGCUGGAUUUAACGUCGCUUGGGGUUGGAAGCUGCGUUGGAACUGGGAUGUACUUGGUGGCCGGAAUGGUGGCAAGAAGGGUGGCCGGUCCAGGUGUUAUAUUCAGUUUCAUUAUAGCAGCUGUGGCUAGCAUAUUCUCAGGCGCAUGCUACGCCGAAUUCGGUGUUCGAGUUCCUCACACGACUGGAUCUGCUUACAUGUAUUCUUACGUAACAGUGGGUGAAUUUAUUGCGUUCGUAAUAGGUUGGAACAUGAUUUUGGAGUACCUGAUUGGAACGAGUGCAUGUGCUUGCGCGUUGAGCGCAUGCUUUGAUGCACUUGCAGAUGGUGCCAUCAGCGCUACCAUUGCAAAUACAUUCGGAUCCAUUUUCGGAAGACCACCAGAUUUCUUAGCUUUUGUUAUUACUUUACUGAUGAUGCUGCUAUUGGUGGCCGGUGUUAAAAAGUCGCUGAUCUUCAAUAACGUUCUCAACGCAAUAAACUUUUCCGUUUGGAUAUUUGUGAUGUCGGCUGGCCUAUUCUACGUUAAAUAUGAUAACUGGUCUCAGCAUCAAGGUUUCCUACCAUUCGGUUGGUCCGGGGUGUUCACUGGUGCAGCAACCUGUUUCUACGCCUUUAUUGGGUUCGAUAUAAUUGCGACGACCGGCGAAGAAGCUACGAAUCCCAAGAAAUCGAUACCUCUCGCGAUUGUUUCCAGCUUGGUGAUUAUUUUGAUUGCCUACGUUACUAGUUCCAUGAUGCUCACGUUAAUAGUUCCGUAUAAUGAAGUGAGUGAAGAUUCUGCUCUGGUGAACAUGUUUGGUCAAGUAGGCGCUUACAAAUGUAAAUACAUCGUGGCUGUCGGAGCUCUUGCCGGUUUGACCGUCAGCAUGUUCGGCUCGAUGUUCCCUAUGCCUCGCAUAGUGUACGCGAUGGCUUCGGACGGUUUGAUAUUAAAGAUGUUUGCACAAGUCUGGCCCAGCACCGGAACUCCGGCACUUGCUACAUUUAUCAGCGGAUUAGCCGCGGCAACUGCGGCCCUCUUCAUCAAGCUCGAGAUAUUAGUAGAGAUGAUGUCAAUUGGAACUCUGUUAGCUUACACGUUGGUAUCCACUUGCGUCCUGAUCUUGAGAUAUCAACCGCAUUCGACUAAUCUAGUUGAACUAUUGCCUCAAAGUCUUCGAACUCCCAUCAAAGGUUCACCAUCGAAGGACAUUGUCGGACACACACCCAACGGCCAGAUGUACGGUACAAAGUUACAUCCGGAUACGUUGAAGCAAGCAUUGGACGUAACCCAAAUGCCUGCUCCUUCUCCAUCACCGCUUCCUCAACAACCCACUCAACGAGUCAUGGUUAGAAGAGUCACAAGAAGUUCUCCAGAUAGCGACGACACAUAUCCAGGUGAUGAACAGGAAGAGGAAUUUUCUAUGCGCGACGACCAAUUCUUAGUAUCAGAUAGAACCGAAAACAAAUUUUAUGGAACUUUACAUGGUGCUAGUAGUGCCACAAGUACUGGUGGAGUAGUGGGGUCAACGGUAGGACCUAGUUUAGGUUACUUAGGUCGUAGGUUACAGGCAGCAACAUAUCUAUGUCCAGCGAUCUUCCCUUGGGUUGAUACUGGACCUGCAACCGAAGAGUCUGGAAUGUUUGUGAUGAAAAUGGUAGGAAUUUUAUACGUACUAAUUAUUAUCUUCGACCUUAUCAUCGUCUGUGGCAUGCACAACAUGACCGGAGCCACUACAUUCUUCUUUUUCGUAUUUCUCAUCGCAAUUAUUGCGAUCCUCUUAAUUAUAUCGAGAAAACCGCAAAAUAGAAAUAGCGUUAUGUUUAUGACACCAGGACUACCCUUUGUGCCUGCCGUUGCCAUUACCGUCAACAUAUAUCUGAUUUUUAAACUCUCAAUUUUAACACUGAUCAGAUUUACUAUUUGGAUGAGUUUCGGGUUCAUAAUGUACUUUUACUACGGAAUAAAGAAUAGUACACUGGAGGAAGGAAAUGACGGGGAUCAUAUUGAACUGACUGUAACCGAUAUCGAGAAGCCGAAGUUUGCACAAGAGUCUCAAUUCAAUCCGACGAGCGAUCAAAAUAUUUACAGUCAAAAUCAACAGCAAACUUACGAUUGGGAUCCCAAUCAGUCAUGGGACUCGUCGAACACUUGGAACGCUGCUCCGGCUUCAACUAAUCAGCAAUAUCAAGUCGAACAACAAUACAAUGUACACACCAAUAACACUCGAUCGGUAAUUAACAAGUCGAAUCCAAGUCGUCCUCCUCCACCGGCGCCAACAAGGCAAUUAUCAAAGGAUACGAAUCUCUUCAUUAACGAGUCCGCUUUUCCCACAUGGGAUGAUUAGAAUUGUUGAACUGUUUUAUCCGAAUGUACCAUAUCGUUACGUUUAUAUAAAUAGAAACAAAAAUAACAAAGUUGACAAACUAUGAAGACUACGACGCAUCGGACUGAUUAUUAAUUAACGUUUGAUACUCUCAUAAAUAUGACGAUGCAAACAUUGUCCUGCAACUAGGAUAUUCAUGUAUACAAUUCCGUACGUGUCAAAACAGAGCCCUAUGUCAACUCAGUCAAACGCAGAGCUUCAUUAAGUACAACAUUGUCUCAUCUUUGGAGCGUUGUUUAACAUACAACAACACAAUUAAUGGCAUGGAAUGUAUGCAUGAUAUUUUCAAAAAUAAUUUUUAAAUUUAUCAAUAUUAUCAUAAUCCGCAUGUUACCUAAAGAAUUUUAAAUGAUAUCUUUUUUAUAUAAGAUUAACUUAAAACGUAUAGUAUACAUACAGUAUAAUAUAUUGUUUUUUUUUUUAUUAACCAGUUCGAUGC